AUGUUGAUGGACGAAGACGUAGCCCCCUUGGUCGUUGACAAUGGUUCCGGUAUGUGUAAAGCUGGUUUUGCCGGCGAAGACGAACCACGUGCCGUGUUUCCGUCCAUCGUCGGCAAACCUCGUCAUCAGAUUAUUAUGACUGGAAUGGGAAGCAAAGACAGCUACGUUGGAGACGAGGCUCAGAAUAAACGUGGUAUCCUGACACUAAAAUAUCCAAUCGAACACGGCAUCGUUACAAACUGGGACGACAUGGAAAAGAUUUGGCACCAUACAUUCUAUAAUGAAUUAAACGUCGACCCCACAGAGCAUCCAGUACUUCUCACGGAAGCGCCAAGAAACCCGAAACAGAACAGAGAAAAAAUGACACAGAUUAUGUUUGAGACAUUCAACGUACCGGCAAUGUACGCAAACAUACAGGCCGUAUUGUCAUUGUAUGCCUCUGGUCGUACCACUGGGGCAGUGUUGGACACCGGUGAUGGCGUGAGUCAUGUCGUUCCCAUCUACGAAGGCUACUCUCUGCCGCAUGCUAUCGAGAGACUUGACUUGGCUGGCCGUGAUAUCACUGACUAUUUAAUCAGAAUUUUCUCAGAAAGAGGAUAUUCAUUUACAACUACUGCUGAAAGAGAGACUGUUCGUGACAUCAAAGAACAAUUAUGUUACGUGGCUAAGGAUUUCGAAGAGGAAUUACAACUUGCAGCAAGUUCGUCUUCAUUGGACAAAAGUUACGUCCUACCAGACGGUGUCACUAUAACUAUGGGCGACGAGCGAUUCAGAGCUCCUGAGUGUCUAUUUCAACCAGCGUUUCUAGGUAUGGACAUUGGCGGCAUUCAUCAAAUGCUUUAUCGAAGCAUUAUGAAAUGUGACAUCGACAUACGCAAAGACCUCUACGCCAACACGGUGUUGUCCGGUGGUACCAGCAUGUACCCGGGCACCGCUGACAGACUGCACAGAGAAAUGACUGCCCUGGCGCCUAGCACUAUGAAGAUUAAAAUCGUCGCACCACCGGGGAGGAAAUAUUCCGUAUGGACCGGUGGCUCCAUUCUAGCAUCGCUUACUACCUUUCAACAGAUGUGGGUCAGUCGACAGGAAUACGACGAGUCGGGUCCUAGUGUCGUGCACCGGAAGUGUUUCUAG